AAAAAGUAUAACUUAUGGAUCAAGCAAAUAAGUUAUAAUACCAAUAGCAAGUAGAGAAAUACUUAGAAGGAAAUAAAGUAUAUAGCAUCUUUGAAGACUUACUCAAAUCUCUUAUUAUUAAAAAACCAGAUGAUCCAAUCCAAUUCCUAAUCAAUAAAUUACAAGAACCAGAAAGUACUAUUCAACAUUCAUUUAAGCAAAAAAAAUAUUCAUAAUUGGACCUCCUGGAUCAAAAUUACUUGAACUUUCCCUUACACUUGCUGAAUACAUGAAAUUCCAUUGUGUUUCACUUGGUGAUUUGAUUAAAAAAGAGUUAAGCAAGAAAUCUGAAUUAGUAAGUACAUAUUCUAUCUAUAGAGUUAAUAAAUUUAAGAUUCUUUGGAUAAGUUUCAGUAUGUGAAUGAUGAAAUCGCUAUCAAUAUUGCAUUGAAUCAAAUUUAGCAUUUGGAAAAUGAAAAAAAGAGCUAUAUUUUUGAAGGAUUCCCUAAAACUAGAGUCUAAGGCUUAGCAUUUUAAAAGGAAGGAAUCAUUCCUGAUGCCUUUCUAAUACUGGAAAUGUCUGAUGACUAUAUAUAUUAAUGUUGUCUCAAAAAAUUGGACACAGAACCAUUCAACAAACUAGGCAAGAAGGAAGAAUUGGCAAGAAACCAUUCAUUAGAAUACCAAUUGAAUCUUAAAUAAGUUAAGGAAAUCUAUAAAAAUCAGUAUUUCUCUGUUGAUGGAGAAAAAAACUUUGAGUUAGAAGACAUGGCUGUAUUAAAUAUACAUAUCCUUAUUGUAGUAAAGACUUAAAUAUAAAUUAUACAACAAUGCACCAACCAGAGCUGGAAGAAUACUUGUCAUAGGACCUCCAGGAUCAGGUAGAUCUACUCUAGCUAAACACUUAUGUUCAAGAUAUGGAUUUGUCUAUAUAUCAACAAGAGAAUUAAUAUCGAAUUUGGUUAAUCAAAAAGGCACUACUGGUAAGGAAGCCUUUGAAAAAAUUAAUAAAGGAGAUCUAGUGGAUGACAGAAUUAUCAAUGCUCUUAUUAAGGAAAGAAUCAAUUAGACUGAUUGUCAAUUGUAGGGCUAUGUACUUGAUGGAUAUCCUAAAACUUAAUAAUAACUGGAAACAUUAAAUGAAUUCAACAUCUAACCCACUUUAAUUGUCAUUAUUGAUGCUACCGAUGACAUUGUCUUAACAAGAUUAACCUAGCGAAGGACUGACCCUAUAUCUGGAAGAAUCUACAACUCUAUUGAUGAAGCAGAUAGAGAAGUCAAAUCAAGAUUGAUAAUAGCACCUAAUGAAAAAAGAGAUGUUGUGCAACAAAGGUAAUUUUUUAUUGCUAUUCAUUAGAUUGAAAAGAUGGGAGGAUUUAAAAUAACUAAUUGAUGGAACUGCAAAAUACGCUUCAGUCAUUUUCAAGACUUCAGGAGAUGCUCCAAUAAAGAACAUUAUUGAAUCAGUCUGUUAUCAUUUAGAGAAAAUGAAUUGA